CGCAAUCUUUGACUUCCACCAGCUUGCACUUUGACCACCAUGAUCUCAAGGAAUGCAGGUUGAUAGCCACAAGUUGCCACGUUCUGUUUGGCAACUACUCAGAGAUCCUCAGCCCGCGUAUUGGCCCGGCUAGUCUUGUUCUUGCGCUUAAGCGGGCUCUUGGAAUCGACUCUUGCAGACCGCUACUUGCUGCAUCUCUCCGCUAAAACAUCGCCGGUUAUACAGCGACAUUUAUCAACUCAGGUUAACCUCAAAUCCGGAUCCUCGAAAGUUCCACUAGAGCCUUAUUUGACCGGAGGGUGGCGGAUGUAGAUGGUGGACGAAGGGCGCUGCUGUGAACGUCGGGUGGAGACACGGGCGGUAGAAUCAGGUGCCUGCGGUUCCAAGGUAAGCCAUCUCAUAUCUUGACUGCAUUAGAGCCCAUGAGUUCUUCUCCCAGUGCUCCGUUGAGGAAAAAGGUGAUGUUGCUCCCUGUAGCGCUGCAGCUAGCUAGACGGGGCGAUUUGGCAGCUGAGGAGGCCGGAGAAGUCGCGGGGGUUUUGAACACAAACUUGGCGAUCUUGCUAUCACCCUCCAGGUGCCAUGGAGCAAAUAGUGAUAUUGUCCAACCGCACAACCUGGUCCGCCACAAGAAGACCAGCACGGCCUAGUGGCGGAAAGGUGCGUUGCAUUUUGCCAAUUUCUGCUGGUGUGCGUUGCUUCACGGCAGUUUGGUAGAGCUACCGUCUGCGUUCAACGUUUCUCAUCAUAUCCCUCUCUCUCAUUGAGCACGGCCCACCUUCAGCCUGCCCACGCCUUCGUGUCACGUUCGUCACGUAUGCAUGAUGUCACCAUGUCACGUCACGCAAGUCGACGCUGUGGCCGUGAAC